AGGGUGGUAUUUUUGAAAUGUUUUGGGGUUGGGUAGUAUUUUUGGAAUUGUUUUUUAAAAUAGUGGUACUUUUGGAUUUUUUCCCCUAAUUAUGAAACACUACAGAGCCAGUUCGGCGGCCGGAUAGAGUGGGUCCCAAUGUGGAGUCCUGCCUGGCUGCUGACUCACCUCCCCGAUCGUCCAAAUCCAGCUCAGUCCCUUCAAUGUUGCUGUUCCACCCGCCGUUGGACUCUUGGCUAAUGAAAAUUUCUCCAUUCAUCGUCUACGUCCAAAAUCCCAGAAUCCCGAUUCCCUAACUUGACACCUUUUUUCCAGAUCAAUCAUGGCCUGGUUUCGGACCCUGACCCGAAUGUCCGCCACAGCCAAAUCUUGGCCGCCUCCGCUUCUACCUUCGCCACUCAGAACCGUACCCACCGCCCCAGUAGCCUCCGCGUCUCUGCUGCUGACCUCGCUUCGAAACUUCAGCACAGGCACCGCCGCCUCCCCUGCCUCUCCGACCCACUGCGGAGACCUGGGGCCCACCGGAGGCGGCGAGAAGCCGAGGGUGGUGGUGCUCGGAUCCGGAUGGGCCGGCUGCCGGCUGAUGAAGGGAAUCGAUACCAGCAUCUACGACGUCGUGUGCGUCUCGCCGAGGAAUCACAUGGUUUUCACGCCUCUCCUGGCCUCCACUUGCGUCGGGACCCUGGAGUUCAGGUCGGUGGCCGAGCCCGUGGGUCGGAUCCAACCCGCAAUUUCGAGGGAACCCGGAUCCUAUUUCUUUCUCUCCAAUUGCAAGGGGAUCGACGCUAAGAACCACCGGGUGAUUUGUGAAACUGUGACUGAUGGACCCAACACGCCGGACCCGUGGAAGUUCAACAUUUCGUAUGACAAAUUGGUAAUUGCCUUGGGAGCUGAGGCCUUGACGUUUGGCAUCCAUGGUGUGAAAGAACAUGCGAUUUUCCUCAGAGAAGUUCAUCAUGCCCAGGAGAUAAGGAGGAGGCUGCUCCUGAACUUGAUGCUGUCUGAUGUUCCAGGCACUACAGAGCAAGAGAAGAGCAGGUUGCUGCACUGUGUUGUUGUUGGGGGCGGCCCGACGGGAGUUGAAUUCAGUGGAGAGCUUAGUGAUUUCAUCAUGAGGGAUGUUCGCCAAAGGCACGCCCACGUCAAGGAUUACAUUCGUGUUACUUUGAUUGAGGCGAAUGAGAUUUUGUCUUCCUUUGAUGAUCGUCUGCGGCGGUAUGCUACCAGACAGUUGACUAAGUCAGGGGUUCAUCUUGUUCGUGGGAUAGUCAAGGAUGUUGAACCUGACAAGAUAGUUCUUGAUAAUGGGACGGAGGUUCCAUACGGUUUACUGGUUUGGUCUACAGGCGUUGGCCCUUCAUCGCUUGUCAAAUCUCUUGACCUGCCUAAAGCUCCUGGUGGAAGAAUCGGGAUUGAUGAGUGGCUGCGGGUACCCAAUGUGCCGGAUGUGUAUGCAAUUGGUGACUGCAGUGGGUUUGUCGAAAGCACUGGUAAACCAGUCCUGCCCGCUUUAGCCCAGGUUGCAGAGCGGCAAGGAAAAUAUCUUGCGGGCCUACUGAAUAGAAUUGGCAAAGCAGGAGGAGGGCGUGCAAACAGUGGAGCGGAAGUAGACCUUGGGGAUCCAUUUGUGUACAAGCAUCUGGGAAGCAUGGCUACACUUGGGCGGUACAAGGCUCUUGUGGAUCUUAGACAGAGCAAAGAAGGUAAAGGGAUAUCCCUGGCUGGUUUCUUGAGCUGGUUCAUAUGGCGGUCAGCAUAUCUUACGCGGGUGAUAAGCUGGAGGAACCGGUUUUACGUUGCUGUUAACUGGCUUACUACCAUGGUGUUUGGUCGCGAUAUCAGCAGAAUAUGAGAGGCAGAGGGAGGAUUCAGUUGAAUUGCAGGCACGGCGUAAUAGCUAAUUCCACGACGAGCAAUUAUGCCUACUGUUCCUCUGCUUCAUAUCUAAAAGCUUAUUCUGUGGUUGGUGAUUAUUGGAGCCGACAACAAAGAUGUCUAGGUACAGUUUUAUUUGAUGUUUCUCAAACAAACAAGGGAUGUACACUGUUAAAACGUCAUUCCUAUACGACACAUAAAUGUGCUGUACAUUUUCCGUGCUCGAGCUUGUACUUUAGCUUUAGUUACCCUGUUCCAUACAGCUUCACUUCAGUGCAGACGACAAUGCAUUAUAAAAUUGCACGCCUUGGGCUUUUUUUCACUUCUGCAUUAGGAUUUUUUUUAUAUUGGAUGUAAUGCAUUGUUGGAUCGCGCUCGACGCAGCUGCAUCGAUGCUGUAGUAUUUUCAUGGAAACGUACAAGUUAGUCAAAUGAGAG